GCUUGGUGUCGGACGAAGCUUCUCACUCAUUCCCUUGCUGUUCGUGUGUUUAUCCUCGCUUUCCUUUCUUGUUUUGUGUUGCUACUUAUAUUAAUAAGUGAAAGAAACAUGUGCAAGCUGUUUGGCGAGACGGUUACAGUAGUGGAUCCUUGAAUGAAACGCUCGUCAACAAAUAUAAACAAAGGCAGAAAUCUCUCAAGUCUGUGCGAUUCUCGAGUUCAGACUAAACACGAGUUACGGUAAAUGUUCCCUAGGUGUGUCUGGAUGGCCGAGUCGGAAGCGCGAUGACCUGGCUACGCCUGAGGACCUGACCGGAUGAACUCAAGAAUGAUGCCCAGACCUGACCCGUCUGGAGGAAUGGUCUCUCGAGAUGUCUCCUUCUGCGCCCUGGAUCACUGCUGCUUUCGCAAGACACGGUGCAAAUCUUUCUUUAAAUGAUGACAGUCGGGGUAUACACACCGCCUUUGAAGGACUGGCUAACUGGCAUAAGAAAAGUUCUGAAAUACUUGAAAACCGGUGGACAUACAUUCUUUGACUGAGCGUCCUCUGAACUCAAGACUUUUGACAGAAAGACGAAGACAUUAAAUAGAUCAAAAUGUGUGAGGGCUAUCAGUUCAACCUCGUCUUCGACUUCGAGUGGAUCAACGGGACUCUGGUGCCCACCGUGAGGCCCGUCCUGAAACCCUGUCCUGAGGAUCCUCGGCCCAUCAUCGCCGGGGUGUUCCUCUCCCUCAUCUUCGUCGGGGCGUUCUUGCUGAACAUGGUGGUGGUGGUGACGGUGGCGACGAGCUACACACUCAAGCGGUUCCUCUACUGCCACAUCCUCAUCAACCUCUGCGUUACGUGCAUGAUCGACUGCAUCUUCAACCUCACCAUCUCCAUCGGGUAUGUGACGUCGGCGCCCUGGAGGUUCGGGUACUCAAUGAGCUUCUUCAAUGGCUUCACGAUCAAUAUGCUUAACAGCGAGAUGGGUUUCGCCGUUUUGCUGUUGGCCGUUGACCGACUCGCCGCAGCCAAGAAAUAUAUGCGAUACCUAAACCUGAAUGAAUGCAAAAUAGGGUUGGUGAUUGGCUUCACCUGGGUGGUUGCCUUUGCGCUAGCUUCUCCCAUCGCGUGUGGCUUCAUCUUUAGCAUACCUUAUAGGAAUAGGUAUUCCUGUUCGGUCGCGGACCCACACGAUGAUUAUUACUUAAUCGUUCACUUUAUCUUGGUCGUUGUCUUCUGCACCAUAACCAUGAUCGUCCUCACGGUGAUCACUUCUGUGACCUUCCAUCGGGAACGCAAGAAACAAAAAAAGAUCAAGGGCAACCAGACAAUGGGCUAUUUCGACCAAAUCCUGAUGACGCCUUAUUUCAGGACCGAGUUCUAUCCUGCAGUUUUCUCCAUCUGUAUUGUUGUGGCCUACUUGCUUCUGUGGCUUCCCUUCACCGUGACCACGACCGUCGGGCCCAUGUUCUCACAGCACUGGGCGAACAAGACAACCGAAGAGUCGGACAGUGAUUCUUACAGCAUCUUUGACCCAAAAGAUCGAGACGGGAUCAAGAGACGGGCGAUGCUGGACGAGAGUCAGCUGCUUUCUCUCAAUAAUACGAUGAGUCCGAAUGUAACUUCUGAAAUGGCCAGCAAGAUGAACAACAUGACCAUGAACGAAAAUCUCAUUCCAGAGGUCGUCGACACACCUGUCUCCGACACUGUGUUCAUAUGGUUCCAUUAUAUCUUCGAUAUUUUAGUGCCAAUUCUAGUAUUUAUAGUCUUGAAGGAUGUGCGGGCCAAGUGCGAAAGCCUCAUUAUGUGCUGUAGGCCCAAUUCCGUUGAUGUGGCGUCGCCCAAGCCAAUGCGGCCUCCUUAUCUGAAGCAGAUGUCGACUCCUGGCACGGCAGAAAAGGAGUCGGGAUCCAAGCCAAAGAGGCAGAAGGGCAGCGGCAAGAACACCAUUGGAUUCAAGACGCCAAUUCUGUUCGCCACCUCCGAGGGCCUGCACAUUAGGACGGUGGAGGAGACUUACCUUGACAUGAUUGACAACAAGCCCCUCAUAGGCUUCAGUCGGCAGAACACGUCCGAACCUGUCUUUACCUACGAUUUGUGCGACGUCAUGCUCGGCUACGAAGACCUCACGGACUUCGACGGGCAGUACCACAUCGACGACAACUACGACAACUACGACAGGGACUCCAUCACGGCGGACCUGGCCCAGAGCAAUCCGGUGGUGAUGGGCGCCAACAGGGCCGCCAUGGGCCAGAGGCCGCAGAUCAUCAGCGAGGACGAGGACGACAUUCCUCCCGACGUGGAGAUCCGGCCGCCGACGCCGCCGAAAGUUCAGAUCGUCGGAAACGAACCGGCCGUGAACCUCGGCGACGACAUGGACCUGGACGCCAAGAGAAGCAAGAAGGGCAAGAAGGUGGUGAGGUUCGCCACGAUGCUGAACGAGGAGAUCCCCCGCCUGGACAGCCCCGACAGCAGCUCCGGCCUCGACUCCUCCAGCGCCAGCGCCGGCUCCAGCGACUCCGGGAUCAUGGCCGACAACGAGCGCUCGUCCGCCACCCCUCACGACGAGGACAGGAAGCCCAGAUUCAGCGUGAACCGCAGCCGGAACGCCCAGAGGCCUCCCGCGGGUUCCGAACCGGCGAAGCCACCGAACCAGCCUCCGAGAAGGCCUCAGCCACCUGCCAAGAAGGGCCCCUCGGCGCCCAAGAAGGUCGUCGCUUCGAAAGUUCGCAACAUUAAGAGUCGACACAUGCAGAACAUGAACGGCUCGCUCUCGUCGCUGGAGGGGCGGUCCGCGCAGGCCGGCAGAAGGUUCUCGAAGCCCGGAGCGAAGCCCGAGGGCUCUUCGUCGUCCAAGAACACCCCGAAAAGAUAGCAGAAGGGGACACCCCAGCCUACAGAUUUCGGGCCACGUGCCACAGAGAAACCCGAGAAACCGAAGUGGAGAGAUUGAGGACUCGGGUGUCUCUCGGAAGCCUCACGGAGCCAACUUAGGCGGGUGUCCAAGAACGGCUGUGAGGGUUUUGCAAUAGAGUUUCCUCCGGUCGAUUAUGCAGGUGAACAGCGAUGGACUGGUGAGAAAUACAGCAUACAAGAAAGGAAUAAAGUAAACAUACAUACAUACAUAUAUACACACACUUGCAUGUAUUUAUGCAAGUAACAAAGAUUCUUCGCCAAGUCAUAUCAUAUUAUCGGAAUUUCUUAACACGGUGCCAGAAGGCUUGCAGGCUUGCUAAUUUUACCCUUGCGGCAUCAAUAGCAACACGCACCAAUGCUGCACGAGAAGUGAACAAUGUAUGUGUCAAAUGACGUCGGCACCAGGAGUGUACUGGCACCAGCUAAUGCCUGCAACUUGUGGACAAUAACAAGUCUGAACCCAAAGCUUAUAUAUAAAUAUAUUUCUUCUUAUAGUGAUGUGGUAAAAAUGAGAUGAAAAAUAAUGGUAAUCUACAAAGAUAUUGAAUUGUGAUAGAAAACUGGCACCAUCCAUACAAUAUUGGUAUACCUUUUCCCCUUAAUGAUUAUGCGGUUUCACGAAGGAUAUAGUAUAUGAUAUUUCCUGCAACAUGCAAAAUUGCAAAUCAUUUAACAUUCUUAUAUACAGUGUUUGUGAAAACUCACCUAAAUUCUUCACAUUUCACAAGGGAAACAUAAAAGCACAUCACUCAGUCGGGUUAAGUCACAUAAACACCUGACAUGUAUGAAUGUUUUGGUCGAAAAUAUAUUGUAAUCUUAUGUUGAAGUAAGGUUCGUAUUUUAUUACUAUUCUUUACUGAUACAGUACGAUGGUGCUCGUUAUUUGUACCGGGUGAUUUAUGACGAAGAGUUUAUAUUUUAUGAUAAGCGAAUGUUAAUGAGAAAGUAUGAUAUUCACUGCACAGUACAAUGACAAUCGCAAAAAUAUUGCUAGUCAUAGAAUCAUGUGAUAAACAUUCGAAUUUUAGAGGAGGAAGAAGGAGUCUUGCGUUGUUGCCAAUCAUUAUGUUUCGUUGAACUUUACUAAAGGAGAGAUAAUAUAUGUGAUGUGGGUGAAGGUUGUAACCUUGAAUCUCAAGAAUUUACUGAAUGUACAAAUAUGUGUGAUUGAAAUAGUAAACACUCUUAAAGAGAA